GUUACACAUUAGCAACGUCAUAUUGCAGCCGAAAAUUACACAAGUUGUUUUUAAACCAUUAAAACAUGGAAAAUUAAUGGCUAGUGAAAAUCGAGGCUGUUUCGUUUGGCUCAUAAGUUUAAAGAAGUCUUGCAACGAAAGGUUUGCAAGAUUUCGAAACCGCAUGCGCCAAAGAUAUUAUGCAAGAAGAGGCAAGACUCUUGACCCAGAAACCCUAUUAAAUGAAACAGGUAAUGCCGACAUGGUCGUCAGUAAGAUUGCCAGCAAGUCAAACAAAGUCGUUCCUCAAAAAUUGCCGUCUAAGAAUGAAGAUAUUGUAGAUAAUGAGAUUGCAACAGUGACAGAGACCACAGCAGACGACAAACUUGUUGAAGAGUACGUGGCAUGCAUCAUAGACAAGGCAGCCGACACUUUGAGACAGGAGUUGCCGUGCAACACAAAGAUCGUUACACUGAGGCCAGCGGACGACAACAUAUCUUUGUCCUCUAGCAUCAUCAGCCAAAUUGCUGAUAUGACUGUAACGGAGAGCUUGUUAAAUAUUGUGACAGAUGCCGACAUCAACCACUCUGCUAUUAGAGCUCCUAGAACUGUCAAAGAAUUCAAAGAAGCAUUUGGCAUUACCGAAUGUGACAUCACUGAUGAUGGUCUUCCACCUGUAAGUGACUAAGAUUACAAGAAGAAGAAAGAAACUACAUGCGUGUGUGUUUUGUUUCUAUGUUUGUUUUGUUGUUUGUUGUAUUUUUGUGUGCUUUUGUUUUACUUUGUUUUUUUUGGUUUUCUUUAUUAUUAUUAUUAUUAUUACCCAUAUUUUCAUCUUUCCAUGUUCUG